AUGUCACUAUCCAAACCUGCCGGAAAUAACUCGAAAAUAACAACAGGCGAGUCCAACGAUGGCAAGUCUUUGUUCAGCAUUUCCUUGCCGAAAGCCUACAGCCAUCUGACUAUCACACAAGCAGGAAGCGCAAUAGUAUUUAGCACUUUUCUCGUAACUCAUUUGAGCGCGACCGCACUCGCAAAUUUUGGCGGUAUUGAACUCGCCAACAGAACAAUGCUCCUCGGUAGGGUCUACUACCAAAAUCACUUACUGGAACCAAUUGUGGUAUUUGGUGCACUUGGGCUGCAUAUUGCGUCGGGAGUUGCCAAACGUGUUAUUCGGUUAUAUUGGAAAUACAGAAGACUCGAUAAGCGCGAGUUGACCGGUGACGUUCACGAGACAGUCGAAAGAAUCGUGACGGACGAGAAGAAUGAAGAAGGACAGGUUGUUCGUCAAAAGAUCACCACGAAAACCACGAAAACCAUCACCACUUCUUUCAUAACAAAAGCCUCAGCAUUUCUAUUGCCGUUUCAUUCAUUGGUCGGAUAUUUGCUGAUUCCCGCUGUUAUCAAUCAUGUUGGCAUUCAUCGAAUACUACCGAAACGUUAUUUCGGCGAUUCUUCUCUGAUCAAUAUGACGUAUGUUACACUUGCGCUAAGACGAUGGCCAAAGAGUUCAUAUUUGGCAUAUGCAACGUUGGUGGGAUUGGCAGUUUAUCAUGUAGCGGGUGGAGCCCCGGCCGCUCUCAAAAUUAUCAAAGGAGUAACGGUGCAAAAGGGAAAGAACGAAAAACAAUCAGCUACAGUUCCCGAGAGUUCGGAGAAUUCCAAAAAAUUAAUAAAAUAUCUUCGUAAUGGUGCCAUCGCGACUACUAUUGGUUUGGUGGGUGGUGGUCUUUUAGUUAUUGGUGGAAAAAUUGGUCGUGAAAAUAUCCGAAUUCCUCUACGCAAUGAAUAUUUGAAAGUAUAUGGACGCGUGUACCCUCAUAGUUGGGUGAGAUAUUGA